UUCCCUCCAUUACCAAGCAAUCGAUCCACUCUCAAUCUCUCAACUCGCCUUCCUUUCUUGCCUUCUGUUCCCAAGUCUUACUGCUCAUUCAUUUUCUUCUUGUUCUUCUGCGUUGCUCUUCCGAUUGUACUCUGUUUCCAUACUCUCAGUUCAGUUUACAGUUCCAAUUUCCAUUAAUCUUUUAACAAAUGACGGAAUCCCAUCACAUCGUCGAGAUUCCAGUCGACAACGAAGAGCAGAGGCAGCUCCUCGUCGUUGCCACGGCGAUCCAGAACCACCCGCUGACGGAGAUCUCCUGCAGCCCGGGGCAUUUGCUCCUCCUGAAGCUGUGGCAGAGGGAAGAGGAACUCAGCGGGCGGCGGAUCGCCGCCAAGGAAUCGCGACUCGAUUCGAUCAAGCGAGAGAUCUUCCAGCUCUGCUCCUUCUUCCUAAUCUUCCACGGACUCUUCUUCACCAUCCUCUUUACUUCUUCAUCUUCUGGAGAGGGGAAGUGCGGGAAAUGGUGGGUACCAGGGGUAGUUUCCUUGUGCACCUCACUCGUGUUUGUGUGGUUGGUACAGGUGCAGCUGUACAGGUACUGGAAGGUGUGGAAGAGAGUGGGGAGGGAGCGGUGUGACGGGCGCGCGGUGGCGAGGUGCAUUCAGGAACUGAGGAUGAAAGGCGGGAGCUUUGAGCUGGGGAAAGAUCCCUACUGCACCGGCGGCAAGAAGAUGAAGAGUUCAAGUGUGGAAAUUAAGUGGAAGCCGGUGAAUUGGGUUUCCCAGAACUCAGUGGUAAUCGGUUUGCUUUGCUUUGCGGGGUUGGCAGUUUUGGCUUCAAGAUUAGUUCUUUGCGGCGGAUUUUAGUAGAGAGGAGGGGUAGCAGAGAUUUAUGGCAAACAGAGACGGUGGUUCGAGGUAAGACGAAUGAUUCAUUUGUUGAGAUAAUUAUAGAGAUAGUCCCGUUUCAUUACCUUGAGGUAAAGAUCUGAUAUUGGAUUCUUCGGUCGUUGAUAUAUGCAGAUUUGUGUUGGUGACAAAGGGGGAUGGGGAGCAAGAAAGCAUUGCCAUGUGAAUGCAAAAUAAUCGGAAGAAUUGGUU